AUGUCUCGCAUGACCCAAGUGACCCUCGUUCUUAGGUUCAAUCUCGGCAAGGCCCUUACUCUCAGUCUCUACCUCACGAUGCGUCCCGGCCCCACCGCAACGAACGUGUCGGCUUACACGGUGACCUCGACGGCUCCAUGGAAAGUCAUCGCUAUGCCCGCAACCGGUCUGUCAACAGGCGGUCGACCGUUGGCGCUACGAAUCGGAACCUUCCUGGACGAGCAAACUUGGGACUCGAAUACUCAAUUCGACCAAACGAGCACGCAGGUGGCGUCUUCAGGACUGACCUAUAUUCCCAUUGAAGUUGGGCAGGUCAUCACGCUCACUCUCGCGCCAAACCAGCCACAAUCUGGGCAGCUCACAUACUUUUUCACCGAGCCUGUCGCUUCCCGCUCGGCGGCGCUCAAGUUCAAGAGAUCAACAAUAUGGGGCGCCUUGUAA